AGAAGAAACCAACAUGGUGACGGUUCGCGCUUUUGUUUUGUUGAGUUUUGAUGAAAAAAAUCGUUUUUUCUUUUCGGUCUUCUCGUAUUGGAGCAGAGCUGUAACAUCGGAGUGUUUGGAGGCCGAACCUGGUCCCGCUGCUUCACGGUGUUUCCUGCCUCUGCUGGAAUAAAAAUGUCUCUGGUUCAAUGCUCAGUAGGUCUUGGAAAGAGGAAGCAUCCGCUGAAUCAGCAGCUUCCAGCCAGGACAUGUGUAAUUCCUGGCAGCACCACCACUGAAAAAGAAGGAGAUCGAGAUGUGCAUUGGCAGUCUGGAAGUGCCGGAGAGGCGGAGUCGAAGAGGCCGCGCCUGGAGAGAACUGACAAGGCGACAAGACUGACCAAUCGAGAGAAAGCUCCCGAGUCGUGUGAUUCAGCAGGAAGUGCAGCAGACCAGCAGGGGUCAGCAGAGUGCAGCGAGGCCAGCAGAGCCGCUGAGCUCCAGAGUGUGGGGUCACUAAAGGUCACCAUCCAGCAGAGCAGUGAAAGUCGUGAGUUCAGGCAGACAGACAGGUCAGCGGAGAGACAGACGGGUGGAUUCCACUGCCACGUCUGUGACUGCACCUGUCGCACUCUGCAGGGAUUUCAACAGCACAUGUCUGAACCUGGGCACCAGAAGAAAGUGAAGGAGAUUACACACACCAUCUGCCGCAAUGCACACACACUGCAGGACAGGGGGCGACGAUCUGAUGUGCAGCGUUGGUGUGAUACCUGCCAGAUCCACUUCACCGGUGACAUCAUCCUCCACCGUCGGACAAAACAGCAUAAGUUGUGUAAACAGCUGUCUCGUCCUUUCUGUCCCGUGUGCAAACGUCACUUCAGGACACCGCGGAAGUUCGUGGAGCACAUGAAGUCCCUGGAACACAAACAGAAGGUGCAGCUGGAAGAGGCCCAGGAGGAGGAGCUUAUCACGGUGGAUGCCGUUGGCUGCUUUGAAGGUGAAGAGGGGGAGCAAGAGGAGGCAAUCGAAUUAGGAGACAAAGAGGUUGAAGGAAAAGACAAAACAGAGGAAGAGGUUACCGACACAGACGAAACACAAAUGGAUGAAUAUGAUCCCAACAGGAUGUAUGGAAGCAGUUUUGUGGUUCCUGUUUCUGGAUUUCUGUGUCAACUUUGUCACAAGUUUUUCCACAAAGAGACAACAGCUCGACACACACACUGCCGGACACACACACACUUCAUCAAUCUACAGGUCUUUCGAGCGACAGAUGAUGUCACCAGAAGGUAAAACUGAAGAGGAUGGACACACCUGCUCCCACCUGAUCCCAUCAUGUCCACAAUGCAUCUGUGUGUCCAGGUGACACUGUUCUCACUCUGUGCUGCCUUCAGGCCACGUCAGAAACAGGACUGAUUUUAUGUUUUUCACUGUGUGAUGUUGACCGUUGCUUACACCUAGUGGUCAGUUCAUUAGCGGUUCCUCUCUGACUGAGGUCCAGAUCUGACAUCUGUGAGAAAACUCCCAGCAUGCAAAGGUGACGGCGGUGUGUCAGUCUGGAGACACAGAUGUCGUGUUUUCACC